UAGAGAGCGAGGGAGAGAGGAAGGGAGAGAGAGAGCCUGCAAACGGCAGUGACCCCACCGAGCGGAAUCAAGUGCUGGAGGAGAGCGGGAAAGAGAAAGCCAGAGAAAGAGAAAGAGAGAGAGAGUGUGUGAAAGAGAGAGAGAGAGAGAGCGAGAGAGACAGAGAGAAAGAAAGAGCGCAUGUGGAAGGAAGUGGAUUCUCUCUCAGUUGAUUUUACGACCAUCUUAUCUAUGAUGCAUCCACUGCGAUGCCAGUGCUGGGAUUCACACCUUUUUCCAGCGCGACUGGACGUCCCGCGCAGGAACUUUCUCUGAGGAGGGACACCCCCCACCCCCCCGUCCCACCACCGGAAUUAAGAGCGCGCUCCCCAUUCAUUCCAUCCAUCCAUCCUGACAUGAAGGAAGGAGCCUUUGAUCACAGCACAAGCCCCUGGAGGGGAGAGUCCUAGAGCCCCGCCCACCCCCCCAACCCCACAGCGCACCCCCAUCACAGAGUGACUCAUGUCCCCAUCAUCAUGUCCUCCCCCCUGGGAAACAUGAGCUCGGCCCGGGGGUGGGGGAUCUUCCCGGGGGCCACGGUGAGCGCCAAUCUGACUGGGGGGGUGGCGGUGGCCCCGCCCGGGCAGGGCGGCGGGGGCGCCUCCCCGGCCCCGCCCUGCGUCUCCUGCUGCUGCGGCCUGCUCGGCCACACGCUGGCCGUGGUCUUCAUGGUCAGCCUGGCCUUCGCCAUCGUCGUGGGCAACGUGGUCACGCUGAUCGUGUUCAUGCAGACGCGCCAGUGCCGCACGCCUCAGGGGUAUCUGAAAGUGUCCCUGGCGAUGGCCGACAUGAUGGUGGGCGUGCUGGUGGUGCCGUUCUCCGUCUACACCGAAAUCUCCCUGAUGGUGACCAGCGCGCCCCCGGCGUGGUACCAGGGGGGGCCCCUGCUCUCGGCGGGAGGGCUGGGGGGCCCCUGGCAGCCCUGCAAGCUGAUCGGCCCCGUGUUCGCCGGCUGCACCUUCGUCUCCAUCAGCACCAUCUUCCUGAUGACGGUGGAGCGGAGCGUGGCGGUCCUGCGGCCGCUGCACAAGGACUCCCUGGUGACGCGGCGUCGUGUCCUCCUCCUCAUCCUCCUCUCCUGGGCCGGCAGCUUCCUGCUGGCCCUGGCGCCGCUCACCCUCGGCCCCGGCUUCACCCUGGAGUACAACGAGUGCAGCCGAAUGUGCAACUACGUUCCAGUGUGGGACGGGGCGGAGCCGCCGCCCGGCGGGAAGGUGCUCCUGCUCUUCCCCGUCUUCGACUUCACGCUGCUGGGCGGGACGCUGGCGGUCAACAUCCUGUCCUUCACCCGAAUCCGCCGCUACACCCGCAAGCGCAAGCUGCUCUCUGAGGUGGGCGGGGGCGGGGACGGGGGCGGGGGCGGGCCCUCCCAGAGGCCCUCCUUCUCGGACAUCAAGGCGGCCAAGACGAUCGGCAUCCUGACGUUCGCCUUCACGGCCUCCUUCUCGCCCAUCGCCGUGUUCGUGCUGGGCAACGUGGUGGGACACACCUGGUGCAGGUUCUCCUUCUUCGCCUUCUGGAUGCUGACGGCCAACAGCUGCUGCAACGUGAUCAUCUACAGCGUGCGGGACCGGCGCUUCAGGAAGGGCGUGGCCAUCCUGUUUCAGAGGAACCAGACGCCCCCGCUGGAGGAGAAGAGCUGAGACCGCCAGGUCCGCUGUCCGUCAUCUCAGUCGGUCACGCCCACCGCAGACAUCGCUGUAGACCAGAUGGUCGGCUCCUUAUUCCCAAAAACCUGAAGUUCUGGCGGUCUUCCGUUGAUACCGGAACAUUGCAGUUUGAUGUGUCUUCUGAGAACUCCUGACCAAGUGCACCAUUCAGCGGAUGUUCGGAAGCACAGGAACCUCUCGCUAUUGACCGGAGCGCUCCCGUAGUUCAUAAAGAGGGAGGGCGGAAGUAACAUCUGGUUCUUCUCUAAUAUCAGUGGCUCUGUUUGACACCACAAGCCACAAGCUCCAAGCGGCUCUUCACCGAGCGGCUCGGGGACAGGGCAGACUGUGAUCCUCUUCAGCAUGUCUUGUCAAGGGGCAGUUGUGUCGUAGUGUGCCCGUUGUUUUCGUUGUGCAUGUCGCUAACCUUGGGCUGCCGGGUGCUCGUGGGGUUUUCGGCCUAUGCAUGGCUUCCCUCCCAGGGACGGCCUGACAACGACACCCCUGUCUUGUGUUUGAGAGACGGCUCCAAGGGGUUUUUUGUCACGACCGAUAUUUCGUCACGGAGAACACAAAACGUGCGAUUGAUUUUUCUUGUGCAGGUCCGAUUGACUGAACUGUAUUUACGAUUUUUAAAAAAAACGCAAAAUCAAAUAUUGUAUUCAUUACUCAGAAAUGAUAAUUACAUUCUAAAAAGAGGAUUUUAUUUCUACUUGCCUGAUGCAGUUGAUGGCAGCACCUGAAUCCCAUACAGAAGCAAAUGCAUUGCCAAAUGGGGCCGUAUACAGGACAGACUGUAUGGCAGAGCUUGGCACAGAAAAAAAUGCCUUACAUAUUUUAUACCAGCAGGACAUAGCUCAGGAGGUAAGAGCGGUUGUCUGGCAGUCGGGGGGUUGCUGGUUCGAUCCCCCGCCCUGGGCAUGUCGAAGUGUCCCUGAGCAAGACACCUAACCACCAAUUGCUCUGGUGAAUGAGAGGCAUCAAUUGUAAAGCGCUUUGGAUAAAAGCGCUAUAUAAAUGCAGUCCAUUUACCAAGGACACAUGAUGUCGUGGACAUCAUGACAGCAGGUCAUCAGGUCAUUUCCCUGUUAGCUGUGGUUUGGUUUUUUUUUUUUCAAACCAUGAGCUAUUCAGAGGCUAACAUGCUCAGAAAUAAAUUUUGCUCCUUCAGAAUGAUGCUUACUUCCGUGGAUUGCUCAUUGUAUUAUUUGUAAUCUUCUCCACAGCGCAUGCACACAGUACUGUAUGUUUCGUUUUUCCAAAUUUCUUGCUUAGAAGGUCAUUCAGUUGACCGUUGUGUCAAGAAAUUAUUUGUCUACUUUGUAAUCACGGAAAAGAAAUCAAGAUUAAAAUGAUUACUACCCUCAAAAUUAGUUCACGUGAAUCAUCUCAAACUUUAAAUGACAGCAUCAUGCAAGUUUCUGUUCCCCACAUCACCCCUAACAUGGAAGAGGUUGGGUUUCAGUGUGUGUCCUCAUUUGAAUAUUGCUGUGGUUGAUAUUUUUGACACUGUGCAUUGCAUUAUCGGUAUUGCAUAAUUGAAGAGAUGGUGACUUGAGAUUUUUUUUUUUUAA